AUGAGAUCACUUUCUCCUGCCUGCCGGCCCCUGGUACUGCAGCGUGUCCCUGCUGUCUCUGGGCUGAGCUCCCAGGCAGAGACUGCUGCUGCUGCUCAUCAUCACCUCCGCCCUCCUCCUCUUGGGAACCUAUCAGAGGCAGCUUUGGGGCCCGCACCGACGGCCGGGUCCGGAGUCAACAAUUACCUCUCCAUCGCAGAGUCCAUGGAGGCCACCGACGUCCUCAACCCCGCUCUGAAUUAUGGGAUCGUGGUGGACUGUGGCAGCAGUGGCUCUCGGGUCUUUUUGUACUACUGGCCCCCCCACAACGGGAACCCUCACCUACUGGACAUCAGACAGAUGAGGGACCUUAGCGACCAGCAAACCCAGUGCGUCAAAAAGAUCAAACCUGGUAUCUCCACGCUGGCGAACAAACCAACGCAGCCAGUGGACUACCUCCACCCUCUCCUCAGCUUCCGCUGCUGCUCACACGUCCCAAAGAACAAACACAAAGAGAGACGCCGCUCUAUAACAACCCUCUGCACCGCUGGCAUGAGGCUGCAGCCGGAGAGCAGGCGGGCCAUCUUGGAGGACCUGGUCACUGACGUUCCUCUGGAGUUUGACUUCCUGUUCUCGCGCUCUCAUGUUGAGGUGAUCUCUGGGAAACAAGAAGAUCCCCUACGGAGGUGCCCGGAGCCAUCACCUUCAGUUUCACCACAGGAAGAGGAAGCAGGGAAGAGUGUUCUCGCCGAGUUUAAUCUGGGCUGCGAUGUUGAGCACACACAGCAUGUUUACAGAGUCUACGUCACCACGUUCCUCGGCUUCGGAGGAAACAUGGCCAGACAGCGCUACGAAGACCAGCUGGUCAACAACACGCUGGCCAAGAACAGGUUUCUCACCACACAGACAGGCCUGAGCGAGGACAAACCGUACCUGGACCCCUGUCUGCCGGUCAGCCUGUCGGACACCGUUGUCAGGGACAACCGCACGUUGUACCUGAGGGGUCAGGGCAUGUGGACUCGGUGUCAAGAGGCCGUACGACCCUUUCUGGGCCUCCACAACGGCACCAUGUCACCCGGGGGCGUCUACCAGGCUCCCAUCAACUUCAGCAACAGUGAGUUCUACGGUUUCUCAGAGUUUUUUUACUGUACGGAGGACGUGCUGAGGCUCGGAGGACAGUAUGACAGCGAGAAGUACUCCAAAGCUGCUAUGGAAUACUGCUCCACCAAGUGGCCGACACUGAAACAGCGUCUGGACAACAAGCUUUUCUCUCAGCAGGCCGACAUCAGCAGACUCAAGUAUCAGUGCUUUAAGUCGGCCUGGAUGUACGAGGUGUUGCACUCCGGCUUCCGGUUCCCCACCGACUACCCGAGUCUUAAAACGGCCCAGCUGGUUUAUGACAAGGAGGUCCAGUGGACUCUGGGAGCCAUCCUGUAUAAAACCCGCUUCCUUCCUCUCAGGGACCUGCAGCAGGAGACACUGCGGCAGAGCCACCCCAGCUGGCUGCGCUCCUCCUUCGUCUACAACCACCACCUGUUCUCCCUCUGCAUCCUGGUGGUGCUGCUGGCCAUCCUGCUCUACAUCCUGCGCCUGCGGAGGAUCCACCAGCGCGAGCAGCGGCAGGCCGAGGCCCUGAACCUCCUCUGGGCCGAAGAGGGCGAGGCCCUCCUCCCCUGAGAAAUGUGACGGGGCCGAUAACCUGCCGCGGUCCUCCAUGACCGCAAAACUAAAGAAUGUGAGUUUGGAGGACGGAUGAGCGGAUUUCCCUCCAGCUGAGGGUGGGACUCGCCCGGCGAAGAUAUAUGGAAAGAUUUUUCCGUGUGCAAAAACAUCAGCGUACAGAGACAGUUUAACGAGCCUGGAAAUCAAACUCCUCUGUACAUUCUUUGAUCGUGCAGCUUUAAACACGGAGCCUAUCUCAGACUGGAAAAAUGUUCUCUGUGUUCACUUUUUGGAAGAAAACAAUCAAAACUGAACAACCGUCAUAAGUUUGCAACCUUUUCUUCCAAGAUCCAAAGCCAUCUUUCUGUUCUCGUCUUAGUUGGACUGUUUGCUCGGAUUCAGCGGGUUUGACGAGCGUCUCAACUGCUGAGCAAGAAGACGGAGGUGCUAAUCAUCAACAGAAAAUCUAGCAUAGGAAUAUUCAUUUAACCCUUUGAAAUGAGGAGCGACAUCACCUUUCCGGUGCUGCUUUCAGAUGUCUUUGUCUACCUCUGAACCUUCAGCAAAUUAGUGUGAUCUCUUUCAGAAACGUGAAAAAAUGCAAUUAGUGACUUGGUAAGAACUGUUUCACAAAUUGCAAGAAAUUAGUUGAUGUAGAGAAUUA